GCCAUACUGGUCGACCUGCCCGAGGGCCCGAGCUCGCCAACGCCACCAUCCACGGUCAUCCUCAUGACGCCAUUCACUUGCUCUGGUCUGGUAGCGCGGUGGAUUGCCUUGGCUGGGGCGUCUGCCAUCAGCGACGCGCCCGUCCAUCAUUCCUGUGGCUGUCAUGGUCGCCUCGGUACUUGCAUUGAAUGCGUCUUCAAGUUCAACCGUCCAAUGCUGUACGCUCUUGGGGCAGGUGGCCUACUAGGUGUAUGCGGCGUCUCCGGUCAUAACCUCACAGGCACGAACAACGUGCCCAUACUUCAAGUACGAUACACUCGAGACACGGAUGGUCACCUCAGCCAAUAUACGAUGCUUCUCCUGAAAAGGGAGACUGCCUUAAUCCGAAACGGGCAGUUCUUGUUCAUGCUGCGACUUCGACGAAUCUCACCUCGCGAUUGUUGUCUAUUGUUCAACUGGAGCUACUAGCGCUGUACUUGCACCCAGGAGGAAAGACUCAGAUGGCCGGCCUGCUGCCGUCCGUGAAACCGGAUGGUUCAUCAACCACUCGGAUAAACUGCUAGUACAGGAAGCAAACGGAACCUCGUCGAUGCGGCCACGAUAUCAACGUGCCUACGAAGCGCAGAAGUCUGUCCUAUCGAACUAGUAGACGUGCUCGCACUCCAUUCUUCAUUCUCAUACUGAGGCUUAGAGAGUAGACACACUUCUACAUUGUUCGCUCAGACCAACCCGGCU